AUGGACAGAACUCAGUGCGAAAUGAAGUGCAUGUCUGGAAAAACAUCUUUCGUGAUUUCAGAUGAUGCUUCAAUAUUGUCCCACAUACCAGAACGAUGUACCUAUGCUCGUGACGGUGGUUCUGGCAAGGAAUACAAUGUGAAAUGGUUGAUGAUGCUUCAAUAUUGUCCCACAUACCAGAACGAUGUACCUAUGCUCGUGACGGUGGUUCUGGCAAGGAAUACAAUGUACUUUAACAUCAAAAACUUACGUUGUGAACAAUUCGUCAAUAGGGGACAAGGCGGGAACGGCAACCAGUUUGAGACGAUCAGCGAUUGUGAACGCAUUUGUUCACCUCAACCUGCUCUCAUCACUCCAUUUGAGGAAUUAAUGACGGAGAAGAGCCUACCACGUACAGUCGCUGGUCCUCCUAGUAUUUCUGGUCUAAUUUCUGAUGAACAAUCAGAGCAUGUUAGCUCGCAGACUGUAGUAGACGAAGACACUUUAGACUAUAAUGACGAGAUGUCUGGCACCACUUCGGUGAAGGUCACUGCGUCAGUCCCGGCUCUCAGUAAUUCGAUCGACAGUCGUAUAACUCUCGAGCCUAUACCGCCGGCUUUCAGUAAUUCGAUCGACAGUCGUAUAACUCUCGAGCCUGUACCAGCCCCACCAGCACCAGUUGAUGCUCAACCACCUGGCCAUGAGCCGUCUCCACCAGCUGCUCAAGCCGCUAAGACUGUUGUCGAGAACGAAGAAAUACGCAAAAUUUCUUUCAUCAGUACAAAGGAACCAGAGACGAAGAAGAUUUACAAGGCUGAUCCGAUUCCGGCAAAACCAGAUCCCACUGUCAACGAAGGAUUUCCAAUUGUUGGAGCCAGCCCUCCGAUGUCCGUGAACUACCAAACGGGAGAGAUCAAAAACCGAGCAAGUGGCAUUCGCACAUUCCAGGAAAGUUUUGGACGGAUCGACGAAGAAGAUUCAGAUCUUUCCGAAAAUGAAGGAGAACGACGACACCUCUUGCAUUCGUGCCCGAAUAGACUACGGGAAAUACGGUAUGCCGAUGGACGACCGGUGAUGUGUCUGCCUGGAAAGAACCAGUGUCCAGAAAAAUCUGUGUGUUACUUCAAUGGUGUGGACUAUUUCUGUUGUCCCAACGAGGAAGAUCCGUAUGACAAACACGUGUUCGGGGGUUAUGAUGGUGAGGAGAUAAAACACGGCUACAAAGUGUUCGGUCCACUCAACAUCCGCCGUCUCAUGGAUGAGGUUCCGAUCCGAGUGCGCAGAAUGGCGACUCUGAGCAGGCAUCGACGACGAGCCGCGAACUCUAUCCUGAACGCGGCACCAGACUCGUUCAACAUGGAGUCCAUCAUCGCUCCUCUUCGAUUCGACGGCGAGUUGAAAUCAUUAUAUCACGGCCGAAAAUUAUGA